GCACUGCCACCUAUUAACAUCUCUUCCCAUCGCCAUCAUGAUCCUGCUGCGGCACUUGACUGUGACGCCUCGCUUUUCUAGACUGUGCGUGAACCAGCAAGUCACAAAGAGAUUUACUGCAACCGCACGAACGCUUCCAUCAUCGGACCACUUCACAUUUGCCCGGUUUUCUGUCGCUCGCCGAACAACGCAUCGUGCUGAAUGCGGCAUUGGCCAAGUUGGAUGGCGCUGAGAGUAUCCAGAAUCGCAGGCGCCGAAGAAAGGCACUGGCAGCUGCUCAGGCAGCUUCAAUUGAAUUUCCGACCGCUACAAACCCUCUCCGAGAUUUGUUUCUACCCGAUGAAUAUUACGGUUUCGAAGAGGGCCAUUUCGACGGAGUUAUCAAGCAUUUCCGCGAGAUGCAUCUCACCUCGUGGCCGGCCGACGUACCCGAGUUGAAGCCGAUUCUCGAGCGCCUAUAUGCCCUGUUCCCGACCGAAGAUGUCCAGACCCAUCUGCUGCAUUUGUCAUCGCGGGGUGAGAUCCAUCCUCACGUGGAUAACAUUUCAGCCAGCGGAUCGGUUAUCAUGGGUCUCAGCUUGGGCUGCCAGCGUGUGCUGGUCUUUGAGAACGAGCAGGACAGAUUCGAAAUCGUGUUGCCUUCAGGGAGCGUGUAUCUGCAACGCGACGAUGUCAGGUUCAAUUAUAAACACUCCAUUCUUCCGGGGGAGACGCGUGCUGGGGACGACGGGCAGCGAGUGAGCGUGAUACUUCGGGAUCGACUCGAGACGUGAAAUGAACAGGCAUUCACAAAUGUUUAUCGGUCGUUCCUCUCUUGACCCAGCCUUGAUCCAGCCCAAGUCCAUCAAGCCACGGUGAUGUUCGUCCCAAAUCUGUAGAUGCAGAGUAGGAUUUUGCUUCCGGGCGGGCCCCAUGGCACAUGACAUCAUGAUUUUCGGUUAACUAUCGAUCACCAAACCAAAGGGCUGCGAUCCUCUCCCAGCAAAUUCUAGAACAUGACGCGAUCUACGCCGGUGCGCACCACCGCGGGGCAAACUCUGCAGAUUGGAACCGGCAAAGGAAACGCACGGUGCCGGCAAUACAGGACCCGCGAGAAAAACGAGGGCGUACUUUGGCGCGCCUGCGGAUAUCAAGUGCCUCUACGCCAUCAGAUCUGGGGGUGUUUCGGAGUUCUGGAGCACGAAAAGAAGUUGCUGCGAGCAUGAAAAACAAGUUGCUGGGUGGGGUGUAAAAAUACAGAGCUGUGUGGAUGCUACAAUGUUCCUGAUACAUUGGGAUUGGGAUUUCUACUGGACAAUAUGGACGGCUGAUGAGCUGCGAGAAUCGUCGGAGUUUGUGGGGAGGUGAAGCCGGGAUCUACUUACGGCAUCGACAAUACGGCUCCUGAACCAUCCGAGCGGAUGCCCAGAACUAUGCUUCCCUGUAGAUACCACGCUAUGAGACCGUCGGUGCCGCUGGACAUGCAGCUUUGACUGACCUCGGCGGUUUGUCGUAUAUCUGCUACACUUCCAUAUACAGUCUGUCCGUUUGAGUUCCAGAACCAGACCUUCAUGCCAACCUGGACCAGUGUCAAUUUGGGAGACUGCUCGGCCAAGGGACGCACGUACACGAUACGGAUUCAUAGCCAAAAUAGUUGGGUCGGUGCCGACGGGCACAGCGAUUGAAGGGUGGCUUGGCUGGUGUUCGUUCGUAAAGUACGGUCUUGCAAGGAAGCGAGGGAGGGUUUAUAAAGGACGGACAUGGUCAGAGAAAAACCGUGGAUGUAACCCGAGCGAUCGAACACGACACGAAGGCGAUUCGUAGAAUCUGCGAUGGGAUAUCUAUUCAUAAAGCACCUUGAGGGAAGAAAGCCCAUAGAUCCAAACAGUCAUGUCUUCGAUCCACCAACGAGAUUUUUUUCGCACCAGUCUGGGGAAAGAAGCUGCACCAUUGGAAGAAUGAAGGCUGGGUGAGAGAAGUUCCAACUUCCGACUCUCCUGGGCUGUUUCAAGAGCGAGUGAUACGCGAGGCAGCCAUACCAGUAGCUUCCAUCGAUCGUCAUCCCAGUCGAGGCUUGGUGUGAAGUGAAGAGUCGAGCAUGAAAUCAGACGCGAGACUUAUCGUCAGAAGAAGGGAUGCUGAACACGAGGUUGAUGGAGAACUUCAAACAGAAUCAAAACACGACCGACUGUGUGUACUGAGCGUUAAUAGUCCCCAAAGCCACGGAUCGUGCUGGGCAGAACUCGGAAGGAGUAGACUUCUUGUGAUUAUGAACCUCGGUGACCUCGGGUAUAGAGAAUUGACCCAGGAGACUCUCGAACCAAGACCCAGUCAACCGAGAAAGUGACAGAUCGAAUGGAUGUAGCACGGCCGUAUUUUCUGGUCAUGUCCAGGCGCCCGCGGAACUGUUGCGGCCGGCAACGCGUUGUGUGGAAGAGAAGGAGAUAGGGAUCACGUGUCCGUUCCAGCUCUCCCUCUCCCAGCGUGCAUCGCGUUCACUCCUUGCUUUUCCUGGGAAUCGGAAUCGUUCAUACGCGUUCACGUUAUGGCGCCAAAGAAUUUGAGCGGCACGACUUCCGCAUCUCGACCAGACUUGUCUGUCAUUCUCGUCACUGGAUCCUACGACCAUGAGAUCAGAUUCUGGGAGGCCUGGAGCGGAAUAUGUUCGCGGACCAUUGCAAGAACUGGGGAAGCUGGGCAAGUGAACAGGCUGGCAAUAUCCCCCGACAAGCGUCUUGUCGCCGCUGCUAUUCAUAAGAAGGUGAACAUAUACGAAAUCGGAAGUGCCUCUUCCGACCCGAUCUUGACCUAUGAGGGCCAUACAAUGAACGUCACCACAGUCUCAUUCCAUAACGAGGGAAAGUGGUUGGUGACAGGCAGCGAGGACGGGACGAUCAAAAUAUGGGAUAUGCGGACCACUGAUUUGCACAGGACAUAUGAUAACUCCGCCCCUGUCAACGAUGUCUGCGUGCAUCCGAACCAGGGUGAACUCAUCUCCUGUGAUCAGGCAGGAAGCAUCAAACAGUGGGAUCUUUUGGAGAAUAUCUGCUCGCACGAACUUACUCCAGCUGGGGACAUCCCGAUCCGAUCUGUCAGCCUUGCUGUGGAUGGGUCUUUUCUAGUUGCGGGAAACAACAAGGGCAAAUGCUAUGUGUGGAAGGUCAAUGAUGAAAGUUCUGGCCUUCCCCGGUUCCAGGCUGUGACCAAGUUCCUUGCGCACUCCAAAUAUCUCACUCGAUGUCUCCUGAGCCCAGAUUCGCUGUUCCUUGCCACAUGCUCGGCAGAUGCGACCGUCAAGAUCUGGUCGAUAUCGCAAAACUACGAGUUCAAGCAGGAGAAGACAUUGGUCGGACAUCAGCGAUGGGUAUGGGACUGUGCGUUCAGUGCGGAUUCGGCCUAUCUGGUGACUGCCUCGUCGGAUCACACUGCUCGUCUCUGGGACAUGGCGACUGGAGAAAGCGUGCGACAGUACAAUGGACAUCACAAAGGUCUGUUGCUUCUUUUGAGGUGGAACUGCUUGUCGAUCUAUCACCCUCAGCGACUGUGUGUUGUGCCCUGCAUGAUGGCGCUAACUAGUCCACGCGAACAUUCUAAUAUAGAGCGGAAUACCCGAAAGGCCGAUGUCAUCCGAUCGGAGGCGAACGGAGGUCCUGUGACAGAGGCGUUCCGCGAAUCCGAGAUCGGUGAUUGGUUGGAUCAACUGUCAAAAUCCCAAGCGAUUGUCGAUUGCACGAGCGACUUUGCUUUGGUGACUCGGGCAAAGUUUUCUUGCAGCUUUUUCCUUGCUCUCACCCACUAUCAUCUUCUGGCUUACAUGGCCAGCGUCUCGUUCUCCGAUGAUCAACCCAUAAAUAACAACAGCUACACAACCAGUACUAUCGCCGACAACGGGGAGGGCUUCUUCGACGCAGUGGGGUUCAACGCCGUUGAGCGGGACCCCCAGUCGUUUGAUGGCUCUCUUCCCGCCAACCAGGGCCUCUACUCGAACGAAAACGAGAAAGACUCGUGCGGUGUUGGAUUCAUCUGCCAUGUAAAAGGCAAACCAAACCACAAAAUUGUCUCCGAUGCGCGGCAACUCCUCUGUGCCAUGACGCAUCGUGGUGCAACUGGAGCCGACUCCCGUGAUGGAGACGGUGCGGGUGUGAUGACUGCGAUUCCGCACGCAUUCUUCAAGCGGGAGGCAGAGCGUGACAUAGGGUGCACACUGCCGGAGCCGGGCGAGUAUGCAGUGGGGAAUGUAUUCUUCCGGCGCGACGAUCCAGUGCAGCUGCGUAGCGAGCAAGGGGUGUUCGCCAAGAUCGCCGAUGACCUCGGGUUGCGAGUGCUUGGGUGGCGAGAGGUGCCUACGGAUGGGACCAUUCUCGGUCCCGCGGCUAGCAGCAAGGAGCCCUCGAUCUACCAGCCGUUCGUCGUUCUCAAGACCCAUUACGGGACUGGAUCGGCCAGUCAGAAAGGGGAAUUCGAUGCUGCUCAGUUUGAGCGCCAACUGUAUGUCCUGCGCAAGCAUGCGACGCACUCCAUCACCCUCGCCAAGGGCUUUUACGUCUGUUCUCUAUCGUCGAAGAACAUCGUGUACAAGGGCCAGUUGUCGCCCGCACAAGUGUACAACUACUAUCACGAUCUGAACCAUGUACUCUAUCAGGCGCAUUUUGCGCUUGUCCAUUCGCGAUUCUCGACCAACACGUUCCCGAGUUGGGAUCGUGCGCAGCCCAUGCGAUGGGCCGCUCACAACGGUGAAAUCAACACUGUCCGCGGGAACAAAAACUGGAUGCGAGCCCGGGAAGGUGUGCUGGCAUCCAAGAACUUCGGAGAGCAACUUGACCUGCUGUUUCCGAUCAUUGAGACCGGUGGAUCCGACUCUGCUGCAUUCGACAACGUGCUCGAGCUAUUGGUGGUUAACGGGGUUCUGACUCUGCCUGAGGCGGUGAUGAUGCUCAUCCCCGAGGCCUGGCAGGGAAACGAGAACAUGGACCCUGCCAAGAAGGCCUUCUACAACUGGGCUGCCUGUCUGCAAGAGCCCUGGGACGGGCCUGCGUUGUUCGCGUUCUCCGAUGGACGAUACUGCGGCGCCAACCUGGAUCGGAACGGUCUGCGCCCUUGCCGUUAUGUGGUGACAAACGAGGAUAUCAUGAUCUGUGCCUCGGAGGUCGGCGCAGUGUACAUUGCUCCGGAGACUGUCGUGCAGAAGGGGCGGCUUAAACCCGGCCGCAUGUUGUUGGUUGACACGGAAGAGGGAAGAAUCGUCGACGACAAGGAGCUCAAGCACCAGACUGCCUCGAAGCAGAACUUUGCGUCGUGGAUCGAGUCACACAUUCUCCACGUGCCCAACAUCAUCAAGCGCGUUCAGCGGAGCAACACCAUUCUCGCGCCUAUUCUGGACGCUUCGUCUCUGGCAACCGACCCUAAGCUGCUGGCGUUUGGCUUCACGAUCGAGCAACUGAAUUUGCUCGUGCUUCCGAUGGUUUCUGACGGGAAAGAGGCCCUCGGGUCCAUGGGCAACGACGCCCCGCUCGCGGCGAUGGCAACCCAGCCCCGACUGAUCUACGACUACUUCCGGCAGCUGUUCGCGCAGGUGACCAAUCCGCCCAUCGACCCCAUCCGAGAAAGUGUCGUAAUGAGUCUAGAGGCGUACGUCGGCCCUGAAGGCAAUCUGCUGGAGAUGAAGCCUGAGCAGUGUCACCGCAUCCUGCUUCCUUCACCUCUCAUCUCGAUCGAGGAGAUGAAUGCGAUGAAGAAGCUCAAGAUCGCCUAUGACCACUGGCCGUCGCGCACGAUCGACAUUACUUUCGAUAAGGCAGAGGGACUGCCUGGGUACGGGUUGGCCCUGGAAAGGAUCUGCAGCGAGGCCACUCAAGCUAUCGAUGACGGCAUCAAGGUGGUUAUCCUGUCAGACCGGAUGACCGGACCGGACCGGGUUCCCCUGUCGGCCCUUGUGGCGUGUGGCGGUGUCCACCAUCAUUUGGUGCUGCAGAAGAAGCGGGCGAAGAUUGCGUUGAUGGUCGAGACUGCCGAGGCGAGGGAGGUGCAUCACAUCUGCGUGCUUGUCGGAUAUGGCGCGGAUGCGGUUUGCCCGUGGUUGAUGCUGGAGACCAUCCACAAGGUCGAGAGGGAGAAUCUCAUCAAAGGGGACCAGACCGUGGCCGAACUCACGGAGAACUAUCGGCACUCGAUCGAUAAUGGGAUCCUCAAGGUCAUGUCCAAGAUGGGCAUCUCGACCCUGGCCUCGUACAAGGGCGCGCAAAUCUUCGAGAUUCUAGGCCUACACAGUCAAGUUGUCGACCGCUGCUUCACAGGCACUGCCUCGCGCGUCCAGGGGGCCACGUUCGACCUUUUGGCGAUGGACGCUUUUGAGCUGCACGAGCGCGGCUGGCCGUCACGGGAGACCAUCAUCCCGCCGGGCAUGCCGGAGUCGGGCGAGUAUCACUGGCGCGACGGCGGAGAGGCGCACAUCAACGAUCCUGCGGGAAUCGCAAACUUGCAAGAUGCUGUGCGUGAGAAGAACCAGAGCGCGUAUGAUGCGUACUCGCGGAACGCCAACGAGCAGACACGGCGGGUGCAUCUCCGUGGGCUGUUGGACUUCCGGUACGAGCAAGCGACUGCCAUCCCGAUCGAGCAGGUUGAGCCUUGGAAUGAGAUUGUGCGGCGGUUUGUGACGGGUGCCAUGUCGUAUGGAUCGAUCUCCAUGGAAGCGCACUCGACGCUGGCGGUGGCGAUGAACCGGCUCGGUGGCAAAUCCAACACGGGCGAGGGCGGUGAAGAUGCGGAACGGUCUUUGGUGCUGUCCAAUGGCGAUACCAUGCGCAGUGCCAUCAAGCAGGUCGCUUCUGGGCGAUUCGGGGUCACUUCCAACUAUCUCGCUGAUGCGGACGAACUGCAGAUCAAGAUGGCCCAGGGCGCCAAGCCUGGAGAAGGUGGUGAGCUCCCGGGACACAAGGUCUCAGGCUCCAUUGCUCGCACCAGACACUCGACCGCUGGCGUCGGAUUGAUUUCGCCCCCGCCGCACCACGACAUCUACUCGAUCGAAGAUCUGAAGCAGCUCAUCUACGACCUCAAGUGUUCCAAUCCUCGUGCUCGGGUCUCAGUCAAACUAGUUUCCGAGGUUGGCGUUGGGAUCGUCGCCAGCGGUGUCGCUAAAGCCAAGGCCGAUCACAUCCUGAUCUCAGGUCACGACGGUGGAACCGGGGCUUCUCGCUGGACUGGCAUCAAGUACGCUGGAUUGCCCUGGGAACUGGGUCUGUCCGAGACGCAUCAGACGCUUGUGCUGAACGAUCUGCGCGGGAGAGUGACGGUGCAGACUGACGGCCAGAUCCGCACGGGCCGCGAUAUUGCGAUCGCCUGUUUGUUGGGUGCCGAGGAGUUUGGAUUCGCCACGACGCCCCUGAUUGCGAUGGGUUGUAUCAUGAUGCGCAAGUGCCAUUUGAACACCUGUCCGGUCGGAAUUGCGACACAGGAUCCGCAGUUGCGAGCCAAGUUCGCUGGCCAGCCGGAACAAGUCAUCAACUUCUUCUAUUACCUGGCGGAAGAACUGCGAUCGUACAUGGCCAAACUCGGAUUCCGGACGAUCAACGAGAUGGUUGGGCGCGCGGACAUGCUGAAAGUGGAUGAGAAGAUGCGGACGGUCAAGACGGCCCACCUGGAUCUGUCUGCCAUCCUCAAACCCGCAUGGCAGAUGCGCCCUGGUGCUGCGACGUACCGUGUCAGGCCGCAGGACCACAAGCUGUACAUUCGGCUGGACAACAAGUUCAUUGACGAGUCGGAGCCGGCUCUGACCAAGGGCUUGCCUGUGCACAUCGACUGCGAGGUGACCAACACCGACCGGGCUCUCGGCACGUCGUUGAGCUACCGAGUAAGCAAGCUCUACGGCGAAGAGGGCCUGCCGAAAGACACCAUCCACAUCAAGAUGCAAGGUUCCGCUGGUCAGUCAUGUGGUGCGUUCUUGGCGCCGGGGAUCACAAUCGAGCUCGAGGGAGACUCGAACGAUUACGUCGGCAAGGGUCUCUCGGGCGGUCGCCUCGUCGUGUACCCGCCGAAGCAGAGCACAUUCAAAGCCGAAGAGAACAUCAUCGUCGGCAACGUCUGUUUGUACGGUGCCACCUCCGGCGAGGCCUUCAUCCGCGGCAUUGCCGCCGAACGGUUCGCUGUGCGCAACUCGGGUGCCAAUGCUGUCGUCGAGGGCACGGGCGAUCACGGCUGCGAGUACAUGACCGGAGGCCGCGUUGUUGUGCUCGGUGCCACGGGCCGCAACUUUGCUGCCGGCAUGAGCGGUGGGAUUGCGUAUGUCUUGGACACGGCACACACCUUCGCGUCCAAGGUCAACAUGGAGAUGGUCGAGCUCGGCAAAGUCACGGAUCCGCGCGAGAUUGCGGCUCUGCGGAGUCUGAUUGAGGACCACCGGCACUACACCGGGUCGGAGGUCGCGGAUCGGGUGCUGCACGACUUCCACCAUCUGCUGCCGCUGUUUGUCCGGGUUAUGCCGCACGACUACAAGCGGAUGCUGAACGAGCAGGCUGCCCGGGAGAAGGAGGAGAAGAUGAGGCAGAGCGUGAUCGAUCUCGUCCCGAGUCGCACAGCGAGCCAGGUCGACUUGGCCAGCGGGCUGGAGGAUGUUCUGCCCCCGAGACCGACCCCGAGUCGAGCUGUCAGCUCGAGGGAGCCUGGUGUGACCGACAUGGAGGACUCGCUUGUGGACGAGAACACAACACGGCAGCGACUGAGCAAGCUCGACAAGACGCGAGGGUUCAUGAAAUACAAGCGCCUUGGCGAGGCUUACCGGCCGCCCCGGAAACGGGUCAAGGACUGGAACGAGAUCAGCGCGCGACUGACCGAGGGCGAGCUCAAGUAUCAGUCGGCGAGAUGCAUGGACUGCGGUGUUCCGUUCUGUCAGUCGGACUCGGGCUGCCCGAUCUCGAAUGUGAUUCCCAAGUGGAACGACCUGGUCUUCAAGGGGCAGUGGCGCGAUGCGCUGAACCGUCUGUUGCUGACCAACAAUUUCCCUGAAUUCACUGGGCGAGUGUGCCCUGCUCCGUGUGAGGGCGCCUGUGUGUUGGGCAUCAACGAGCAGCCGGUGGGCAUCAAGAGCAUCGAGUGUGCCAUCAUCGACAAGGGUUUCGAGAUGGGCUGGAUGGCACCGAAUCCACCGAGCUUCCGAACGGGCAAGAAAGUUGCUGUCAUCGGGUCAGGGCCGGCGGGAUUGGCCGCUGCGGAUCAGCUGAACAAGGCAGGACACUUUGUCACCGUGUACGACCGCAACGACCGGAUGGGUGGCCUGCUGAUGUACGGAAUCCCGAACAUGAAGCUGGACAAGGCUGUGGUGCAGCGCCGGCUGGAUCUGAUGGCUGCUGAGGGUGUCACUUUCGUGCCGAACGCCAAUGUCGGCGUCGAUGUGUCUGUCGAGGAGCUCCAGGCGGACCACGAUGCGGUCAUCGUGUGCACCGGUGCUACCUGGCCUCCUCAAUACCAAGUCCCUGCUCGAUUCUGGCUGGGCGACUCACAGUACAUCUCUGCCAAGGGCAAGGACGUGAUCGUGAUCGGCGGUGGCGACACCGGCAACGAUUGCAUCGGGACGUCCAUGCGCCAUGGUGCGAAGAGUUGGCCGAGGAUCUUCCGCACGGAUUACGGCCACAACGAAGUUGCUGCCCAUUUCGGUGCCGAUCCCAGAGAGUAUUGCAUCUCGACCAAGGACUUUGUGGUCGACGACGAGGGAAAACUGAAGGGUCUCAACACCGUUCGAGUCGAAUGGACGAGAGACUCUGGCGGACGGUGGAAGAUGGAAGAAGUGCCCGGUUCCGCCAAGUUCUUCCCCGCACAGCUCGUGUUCCUCGCGCUCGGCUUCCUGGGCCCGCAGGCGGAGCUGAUCAAGGCACUCGGCGUGCAACAGGACGCGCGGUCCAACAUCCAGACAGCUUUCCCUGGCAAGAAGAGCAAGUACGCGACGAGCGUGCAGGGUGUUUUCGCUGCCGGAGAUUGCCGCCGGGGACAGAGUCUGAUUGUGUGGGGCAUCAACGAGGGCCGGGGCGUUGCAGCUGAAGUCGAUGCGUGGUUGAGCGAGCUCGGCACCACGCGCCUGCCCAGCGCCGGUGGCAUCAAAACCCGUUUCUUUGUUCCGCCGCCGAGCAGUGUUGCCGUUGCCGCCUGAGCGUUUGUAUUAUGUAGUCACGAUAGGAAUGUAUGUUUUCAUGACAGUUGUAAUCACUGUGACAGUGUAAGCGGGCUUUAGCCUUUGGUAGUCCACAUCAGUCAC